AUGACAUCCGUGAAUACUUCACUUUUGCAAAAGUCGGAUGGUUCUGCGGAACUUCUUCUCGGAUCUACGAAGGUCAUCGCUUCUGUCACUGGACCCAUAGAGCCCAAGGCCAGACAAGAAUUGCCUAACCAGGCCAGUUUAGAGAUUCUCAUCAGGCCAGCAGUGGGGUUAGCGACUACAAGAGAAAAACUUCUCGAAGACAAACUCAGAUCUUUACUCCAGAGUAUCAUAGUCAGAUUCAAAUAUCCUAGACAGCUCAUUCAAGUAGUGGUUCAGUUUUUGAUUUCCGACUCCAAGAGAACAGAAACAGAUUUGGUCGACUAUACUAGUAAUGACUUAAAUGCCGCUAUCAACUGCUGCUACUAUGCGUUGAUAGAUGCGGGCAUAGCGUUGAAGGCUUCGUUUGUCUCGCUUUCCAUAGCUGUGAAGAAUGGAAAUCUUACAGUGAACCCAACUGUAUACGAAUUGGCCCAAAGUGAUUCUCACCAUGUAAUUUGCUUCAACAUCGAAAAAGGCAAGGCCAACAAAAUCCUCUUGCUUGAAAGUCAGGGUGACAUAAAGGAAGACGAGUUGUUUGCCAUGAUUUCGAAGGCAGUAGAGGAGGCGGAGAAGGUGCACCAUGAGCAGCAGAGAAAGUUUGUUAAGGAGAAGGUGGAGAAUGAUUAUGUGUGGAAGCAGUGA